AUGUCUUCAGGAGGAAAAUCGGGUGGUAAAUCCGCUGCUGCCGCCUCAGCUAAAGCUAGCUCUUCUCGAUCAGCGAAAGCCGGUCUUCAAUUUCCAGUCGGACGAAUUCACCGUCUUCUUCGUAAAGGUAACUACGCGCAACGAGUUGGUGCUGGCGCGCCGGUGUAUCUUGCUGCCGUACUUGAAUAUUUGGCUGCGGAAAUUCUGGAAUUAGCGGGAAACGCUGCCCGUGAUAACAAAAAAUCAAGAAUCAUUCCACGUCAUCUUCAAUUGGCUAUUCGCAACGAUGAAGAGUUAAACAAGUUACUCGGCCAUGUUACUAUUGCUCAGGGUGGUGUGCUGCCAAAUAUUCAUCAAAAUCUCCUUCCAAAGAAAAAUAAGAAAGGUGCCGCGGCCGCAGAAGUAUGA